AUGAGCAACAUUAGCAACGACAGUGGGCUGGAUGACUCGGCACAUGGUGGACAUGGAGGAGCCGCUGCUGCGGCUGCAGCAACACGCAUGUCUUGGUUCCUGGCCGAAGUCGACGAGGGAUCACUGAAAAAUGGACGACCCACUGGGCGCACUGCGCUUUGUGUGCUGCACUCGAUGGAGCUAGUCGAAUCAGACGUCUCGGACAAGUACAUGACGCGCUUCGUCGAGUUCCGCAUGAACAAUACUAUACUGGAGGCGAAACUCAUACUCGCAGCCGAUGAGCGCAAACUGGUGGAUGCGGCACUUGUUGCCAUGAGCAAGGAGCGACGAUCAGAGGCGGAAGAGCAGCUGCUGUUGGUACAGUAUUGCGAGGACAACGGCAAGCGGCUGGUGCAUAAGCUGGUGCCGCAGCAUAAGGUCACCUGGCUAAGCACCAACAAACUGUUGAAGGGCACGGCGGUAGUGAAGCUCGAGAAUGGCUGUCUGGCCCACAUUCUCUACGCCUAUGAGCAGCGCGACAGAAUGGAGAAGGUGCUGCUACAUCUGAAGGCGCGCUGUUUUGAUCACGCAUUCGACGAGCAGUUGGAAGCUGAGCCGCUGCCCAUGAACAAGGACACAUGGCUCCUCGUACAGUACAGUCCCGAGCCUGAGCUUGUUGUCUACGAAAUCAUAAAAUAUAGCGAGACCGUCUGGCAGCAGGAGAACGACUUCAAAGAUGUCAUUGCCUAUAUGCAGCUGCCUGGAAGUGAGUUGGUCAUGCAGGCCGUUGUCAUCAGCUACAGUACGAAGCAUGAGCUAUUGGAGGCCAAGUAUGAAGAGCUGCAAAGGUUUGCGCUUGGACUGGAGAUCCCAGUAAUAGAGGAACUCGAGCGCCAACUCGAGCAGGGUGGGAGCACGACAUCUCUCUUUUCUCGCAGCACACUCUUCCAGCAAGCCCAGCAACGUGACACUACCGGCGAGCACAAACAACUCCAGAGCAAGCUCGAACUGAUGACUGAGAAGGCUCAGCAGGAGGCACAAAUGAUCAUCGAAGCAUUCGACAUGGUUGAUAAUAUCAAUAGGAAUUUACAAAGCCAGAUCGGGCAUGCUAAUCAACCGGAAGCGACGUCUUCCCAUUAG